ACAUCGUUCCGCUGCUGAUAACAUAUAGCCAAGAGAUAUCGCUGGAUUUCGACACUCGAUUUUCAACAGUUUUCCCGUGAAAAAUCGAGGGACUAUUUCGCAUUGGCGUAGAGAACGACGUAGAAACGAAAGAGAGAGAGAGAGAGAGAGGACGAGAGCGGAAGGAUAUAUCGUGUUGCGCAGACGAACUGACGCACGGUGAUUGUUGUGACAGAAGUGUAGAAGAGUAUCGUAUCGUCGUCUAUUCCAGUUCGAAAUCAGCAAAAUCCGUGUGAAUCAAUUGGGAGAAGAAAAUUAAUUAAUCAUUGGGUUCGGCGUGGACUACAAACACCGUGAUUCGGUUGUCUGAGGUGUCCCACAGAGACGAUGAAGUUUCACUACAAGGAGGGGCACCCCUUUGAAAAGAGGAAGGCCGAGGGUGAAAAAAUACGACGAAAAUAUCCGGACAGGGUUCCUGUAAUUGUCGAGAAAGCGCCGAAAGCGAAAAUUAGUGAUUUGGAUAAACAAAAGUUUUUAGUACCUUGUGACUUAACUGUUGGACAAUUUUAUUUUUUAAUCCGAAAACGAAUUCAUCUCCGCCCCGAGGAUGCUCUAUUUUUCUUCGUUAACAAUAUUAUUCCACCUACAUGUUCUACCAUGGGUACUCUUUACGGGGAAUACCACGAAGAAGAUUUCUUCCUUUAUAUAGCGUACAGUGAUGAAAACGUGUAUGGACAUUAAAUCAUAACAAGGAAGACAACAUCAAAAGAAAAGAGCGGACAACAAAAAUUUGCUAUCAAUAAUGUAGUCCUUUUAGAGGCUUACGGAAGUGUUAACAAAAUUGUAUCUGUUAAACAAUCUUUAGUGAAAUUUGAAAUUUUAGCACCUCACACACACUAGACCAAAUUUGCUUCCUUAAGGUAAAUUGGAUUUGUUCGUUUAUUGAUGAUAAGAAUGACUUACAUUUUGAUUCCAUCACUUGCCGCUGGCUAAGAAAACUUAGGGUAAUAGGGAGUAAGGAGGAGUAAUCAGGGCUGAGCUAAAUGAUCUCGUGUCAUGUCUAGCCUGAUAAUUAAAAGUAAAGAAACAAAAAAAUUGAAAAAAUCAUUAGAAACAAUAAAAUACUGUACAACAUAAGGAAAGACUAACAUCAUUUUUGUUGAACCUAUUAUUCAGAUGUAUCAAUGAUCAUCUGAGAAUAAUUACUACGUACUUGAAAGAACCUGUGAAGAAUUCGUGAUUCUAUGUAGAUGUUUCGUGAUAUUAUUUUCGUUUAUUUAGGCUAGUGUCAAUUGUAUUUACAUGAUUUAUUGUUAUUCAAAUGCAAAGAAAUGGAAGGAGUUGCUGAAUUGGUGAGGUGAAAAUUUUUUGUAAUGCCUGGAUGUGGGCCAAUAAAAAAAUAUAAAAAACGAA